CGAAGUCCUCCGCUGACCCGAGCCCGCCCGGGGAGCUCGGCGGCUGAAGGCCCCUUUCUGGCCCGCGCAGGUGAUUCUGCAGGCCGUCCCUGGAGGAAGUGCAGCCCGGAGCCCUGCGGCUGCGACUUGGCGGAGGGGUCGCUGCCCCAGUCCGGGACACAGCCCGCCGGCCAAGGACGGCUUAUGUAGCAUUUUGGCAUAAUGAAAUGCAAGGAACCAACGGUGACACAAAUGAAGGUGGCAAAACCAAAAUAAAAUAGGAUCAGUAAUUAAGAAGACUUUCUGGAGAUCUCUCAGGUCCACACCUGAAUGAUCAUAGCCACAGGGAUGGAAAAUAAAGUGAAGCAAUGUUUUACAUGUAUUUCAGCAGGUCUUGAAAUUUAACUAAAAAUAUGACACCUUUUUCUUCAGACAACUGCUCUUUUCAGUACCAGUUAGGUCAAACAAAUCAGCCUCUAGAUGCUACUUGUCUGUUGUUUUUUAUCAUACUUGGCAAAAUAUUUUUAAAUAUCCUCACACUAGGCAUGAGAAGGAAAAAAACCUAUCAAAAUUUUAUGGAAUGUUUUUGUGUUUCAUUAGCAUUUGUUGAUUUUUUAUUUCUGGUAAACAUUUCCAUUAUAUCUUAUUUCAGGGAUUUUGUAUUUUUAGGUGUUAGGUUUACUAAAUACCAUAUCUGCCUGUUUGCUCAAAUUAUUUCCUUUACUUACGGCUUUUUGCAUUAUCCAGUUGUCUUAGUAUCUUGUAUGGAUUAUUGCCUGAAUUUCUCUAAACUCACCAAGCUUUCUUCUAAAUGUCAGAAGUCAUUUUAUUUCUUUGCAGUAAUUUUAAUUUGGAUUUCAGUCCUUACCUAUGUUUUGGGAGAUCCAGCUAUCUACCAAAGCCUGAAGGCGCAGAAUAUUUAUUCUUACCAAUGUCCUGUCUAUGUCAGCAUUCAGAGUUUCUUCCUGUCCCUUUCCAUGAUGCUAGUUUUAUUUAUGGCUUUUAUAACCUCUUGGUCAGAAGUUAUUACCAUGGUACAAACUAUUCAAAUAACUUCCUAUAUGAAUGAAACUGUCCUAUAUUUUCCUUCUUCCUCCCUCCCUAGUUAUAUUGUAAACUCUAAAAAAAUACUCUUGCCCAAGCUCAUUGUCUGUUUUCUUGGUACCUGGUUCCCAUUUGUACUGCUUCAGGGAUUCAUUCUUUUACUUAAAGUACGGAUUCCUGCAUAUAUUGAGAUGAACAUUCCCUGGCUGUACUUUGUCAAUAGCUUUCUCAUUGCCACGGUUUGUUGGUUUAAUUGUCACAAGCUUUAUUUAAGAGAUACCUCACUACCCAUAGACCCAUUUGUCAACUGGAAAUGCUGCUUCAUUCCACUCACAAUACAUAAUCUUGAACAGAUUGAAAAGCCUAUCUCAAUAAUAAUUUGUUAACAUGUUGCCAUCUUGAAACCAAUUACAACAAAAAUCACAACCUUACAAACAGGCAAGAAUGGUGACUCAGGACACACCAGAAACUCUUCCCCCUCCCCUAACCUUUUAUGUUUUCCAGUGUACUUUUGGGAAUUAAAUACUUUUAGAAAACAAA